UCUUCUGCGGAGUCUUCCCAGCUGUGUUAUUUUCUCGGUCUUAUGUAAUUAACUCGCAAGUGUUCAGGUUUCCUGUUUUGUACAAGCUCCUUUUUUUUCUGGUGGGAAGGUUUGUUUUGUUUGCCCUACUCCCCACCUCACGCUCCCAUUUGUCCGUUUGCUUAGUGGUGUUGAGUUUAAAGCACCCCCUCCAAGUCAGUAGGAGCGGCGGCUUCUCUUUCAUCUUCAGUCUCGGAACUAGAGGGAGAGAAAACCAUCACAGAGCAAACAGACUUCUACGUUUACUAAUUUGUAACAGUCCAAGCCGAGUACUACUUUUACAAGUGCAUCCACGCUCAAAGCCAGAAGAGAAAAGUAAAAGGAACUGUAUCAGAACUAACUAUAUACAUUACUACUGUCUUGUACCUAGCACAGAAAAGUACCCCGUCGACCUAAAAUUAAAUCGGCGCCACAGUGCACUCAGUAUAAAGUGGAACAAAACCCGAAGCCAAAAUAUAUUCACCAAACGGCUAAAACCCAGUAGUCGAAUUUGCGACUACAGACACGCAGGCGACCCGGAUCCGCCAACCCCAGCCUUGAAAAGACUACUGGAGGAGAGUUUAGCGUUGGAGGAGGUGGGCGUGUAAGGGUGCCUUGCCUCAACACAUGGAGUUAGAGAGAAUGGUUGUUUGGUCAGGAAAGUUGUAAGUAUUGUGGGCUACAGACCGGUCAACAGCUUGUUUUCGAAGAACGAAAAAGAAACUGAAGGUAAAAACGAAUAAUGUUUGCUUUACAACGAAGACGUGAAAAGUAACCAGAAAAAUCUGACUUUUUGUCAACAAAGGAAGCUGAGUGCGCGUGCUGUUAGUAGACAUUUCACUGUUAGUCACCCGGUAGACUUAAGACUCACCUCUCUGACUCACUGCAUCACAGCCUUCACCUAUCAAACAGUCUCUAAACUUUGUUGUUGAAGACAAUUAACACGCCACAGGGACAUUCUUGCAUUUACUAGCUUUAAACGGGAAUAAGUUCGCAAGGAAGGUUGUUUUUGCUGUUACUUCCAAGUACGUUCUGUGCUUUAUUUUAAUUUCGCCCUUGAGGAUCGUAGAAAGCCUUAUAACUUGCUAUCCAAAACGUGAUAUCGGGGAUAAGUUCCUGAAGUGUUUUUAGCCAGGAAGCCCUCAUUUAGCUUGGAGGGUGUUCUCCAGUAGUACUGUAUAUCGUUAUUUGCGGAGUUUGGAUAUAUCUGUCGUUCUGGAGGAUCACUUGCUGGGCAUCGUUUUAAGUUAAGAUGCCUCAGUUAUCGGGUGGCGCAGGCGACCCUGAACUCUGUGCCAAUGAUGAAAUGAUCCCUUUUAAGGACGAGGGAGACCCUCAGAAAGAAAAGAUAUUUGCGGAGAUUAGCCAUCCCGAAGAAGAGGGGGACCUGGCAGACAUAAAGUCUUCGUUAGUUCACGAAUCUGAGAUUAAUCCGAACAGUCUUGAGGCAGCUAGACGAUCACAGCUUUCUCAGGAUGCCUAUCAUGACAAAGUGCGAGAUCACUGCGAAGAUGGAAAACAUCCAGAUGGAGUGUUAUACACCAAAGGGCCCUCCUAUCCAGGUUAUCCAGGGUAUAUAAUGAUGCAGAACAUUAACAGUGAAACAUAUAUGUCUAAUGGGUCUCUGUCCCCUCCAAUCCCUCGAACAUCUAACAAGGUGCCUGUUGUGCAGCCAUCUCAUGCAGUGCACCCGCUUACACCCCUAAUCACCUACAGUGAUGAGCACUUUGCCCCAGGAUCCCAUCCCUCCCACCUCCCUACAGAUAUCAACAGCAAACAAGGUAUGUCUAGACAUCCCCCAGGUCCUGAAAUGCCUACCUACUACCCUUUGUCACCAAGUGGAGUUGGACAGAUUACUCCAUCACUUGGAUGGUUUUCACAUCACAUGAUGCCUGGCACGCCAGGUGCACACACAACUGGAAUUCCACAUCCCGCUAUUGUUACACCUCAGAUCAAACAGGAGCACCCGCACAGUGACAGCGACUUGAUGCACAUGAGAAUGUGUUCUGAAGACAGCUGGAUACAGCAACUUGAAUCUCACCUGCCACUCAACAUUCCUGGAUUGCUGGGGAAACCUCAGCAUGAACCAAGAAAAGAGCAGGAGCCCAAAAGACCUCACAUCAAGAAACCACUAAACGCUUUUAUGUUGUACAUGAAAGAAAUGCGAGCGAAUGUAGUAGCAGAGUGCACAUUGAAAGAGAGCGCUGCCAUCAAUCAGAUCCUUGGGAGGAGAGUAAAACCUUUGGAUAUUGAAGUAAUCACCCAGCAUGUGAGUCCUCUCGAAACUACUGUGGCAAUUGAGUGCAGCAGCUAUACCUAUACAUUUCUGAAAUGUGAUUUACGUAAGAGUGACUUCAGGAACCUCAGGAACAUCAGCAUGGACGCCAGGAAACUACAGAUGACAAGAUCCUCCACUAAGCCUGUAUUUCAGUACGUUAUUAAGAAUGCUACAGCACAGGAUGAGGGGGACUACUUCUGUGAUUGCUCCAUUUCAGAUAUGCAUUCUAUAGGGGGUGUUACUGCUCCUUUGAUUCUAAGUCGUAAGUGA